AUGUGCUACGACCGCUACGUUGCCGUCUGCAAACCCCUGCACUACGGGACCCUCCUGGGCAGCAGAGCUUGUGCCCACAUGGCAGCAGCUGCCUGGGCCACUGGCUUUCUCACUGCUCUGCUGCACACAGCCAAUACAUUUUCCCUGCCCCUCUGCCAGGGCAAUGCCCUGGGCCAGUUCUUCUGUGAAAUCCCACACAUCCUCAAGCUCUCCUGCUCACACUCAGGCUACCUCAGGGAACUUGGGCUCAUUGGGGUUGGUGUCUGUUUACUGUUUGGUUGUUUUGUUUUCAUAGUUUUCUCCUAUGUGCAGAUCUUCAGGGCUGUGCUGAGGAUCCCCUCUGAGCAGGGACAGCACAAAGCCUUUUCCACCUGCCUCCCUCACCUGGCUGUGGUCUCUCUAUUUCUCAGUACUGCCAUAUUUACCUACCUGAAGCCUCCCUCCAUCUCCUACCCAUCCCUGGACUUGGUGGUGUCAGUUCUGUACUCGGUGGUGCCUCCAGCGCUGAACCCCCUCAUCUACAGCCUCAGGAAUCAGGAGAUCAAGGAUGCCCUGAGGAAAAUG